AUGACUGGCCAAAGAUAUACUGCCGUUAGGAUCGACAUCAGCAGAAACCGCCGUUCAGAUAGCUCAGCUGAUGAAGAUACAGCCAGCCUGCCCACAGCCCAUGAAAAGGCAUUACCUGUUGAGACAGUUUCUUCCGGAAGCACUGCUGUCACCAAUGUCCCACCAACUGAUGGGUCUAGUGGGGAUGGUGAGAAAUUGUCGACGCUUAAGGCCAGUCGAAUCGAGAUACAAGAGUCAGAAAACUACCAGCAGCUCCCGUUUUCAUACCCCUGGUGGAAGAAAUGGACUAUCCUCGUUAUCAUCUUUUUUGUGCAGGUCUCCAUGAAUUUUAACACGAGCAUCUAUGCCAACGCUAUUGCGCCCAUGGCUAGCCACUUUUCAAUCACCGAAGCCACCGCCAGACUGGGCCAGAUGUCCUUCCUGAUUGCAUAUGCGUUCGGCAGUGAACUUUGGGCACCGUGGAGUGAAGAGCUUGGUCGAUGGCCUGUCAUGCAGCUCAGUUUGCUUUUGGUCAACAUAUGGCAAGUUCUCUGCGCCCUCGCUCCCAAGUUCUCUUACAUCGUCGCCGGCCGCACCCUCGGAGGCCUAUCUUCGGCUGGAGGUUCUGUCACUAUGGGAAUGAUAGCAGAUAUGUGGGAACCGGAUCAGCAGCAGUAUGCAGUUGCCUUUAUCGUUUUGUCUUCCGUUGCGGGCUCCGUCGUCGGUCCUAUUGCUGGAGGAUUUAUGGAAGUUCGCCUUCACUGGCGAUGGAAUUUCUGGAUCCAACUAAUUCUUGGAGCCGUGGUCCAGCUUGCUCACUUUCUCCUUGUACCAGAAACACGCUCAACUAUUGUGCUAAAUAAUUUGGCAAAAAAGCAACGGAAGUCAGGUAUCGCGAAUGUUUAUGGUCCUCUCGAGCUUCGUGGAUCCAGCCUCACACUUAAGGAAGUUGUAACAAUCUGGGUCCGCCCCUUCAGUAUGUUUGUCCGCGAACCGAUUGUUCUAUUUCUUUCUCUCCUCAGCGGAUUUAGUGAUGCCCUCAUUUUCACUUUUCUUGAGUCAUUCCGCCCGGUGUAUAGCCGUUGGGGUUUUGGUACCAUUCAGAUCGGUCUUGCCUUUAUUCCAAUCAUGAUUGGCUACUUCCUUGCCUACUUUUCAUUUUUCCCAGUGAUUAUGAAAGAUAAAAGAGCCAUGUCUAGAAAUCCUGAUGGUCUCGACCCUGAGUCGCGGCUCUGGUGGCUUCUGUUCACCGCUCCUUUGGAAACGAUUGGCCUCUUUGGAUUUGCCUGGACAAGCAUGGGGCCUCCUGCAGUGCAUUGGUUCGCACCGAUGUUUUUUUCAAUGCUAAUUGCGAUUGCAAAUUACUGCAUUUAUAUGGCAACCAUCGACUACAUGGUCGCAAGUUACGGCCCAUACUCUGCUUCAGCAACUGGUGGCAAUGCUUUAGCAAGAGAUUUCUUGGCUGGCAUUGCGGCUCUAUACUCCACGCCCAUGUAUCAAAACAUUAAACAUAAGUACCGGCUCGAGAUACCCUCAACCAUUCUGGGGUGCAUAUCCUUUCUUGUCACCGUACCCAUCUAUAUUUUCUACUGGAAAGGCCCUGAAAUUCGUGCAAGAUCCAAGUUUGCACAGGGUGUGGCUCGCAACAGGAACGAACUUAAGCAUCGCCGUGCUAUCCAUGAAAGGAGCUCAGUAGAUGCUGGGAAAUCAACUUAUGUCUAG